CCGAUCGACCGACGAACGAUCGAUGGGUUCUCUCGUGUCUCGUGUAGCGCCGUCGGAUGAAACAACGGAGGAGCUGACGCCCAGUUGUGUAGCAGAGGAAGAGCAGCGAGAGGAAGAGGAAGAAGAGGAGGAGGAAGAAGAAGAAGAAGAAGAAGAACGCAUCCGGAGGCUUCCAUCAGAGGAGGUGCGCGACGGCUAUUACCUUCGCAAGACAAACGCCGCUAUUCGAUAUUACAAUGCCAAUCAUCCGGGCGAGGAGUAUGAGCUCGUCAAGCCUUUGAUCGCCGCCAGUGUCUUCUUCAAGCUGCAGCUGUGGUACCACGCUAGCUUCCUGGCUCGCCGGAAGGGCCAGGCUUCGCCACCGCCCGUCGAAUACUUCUUCGCCGAGCUGCGCCAUUGCCCCACCGACUCCUUCGUCGUCGAAGCAUGCACCAUGAUCAAAAAUCCGGAAAGCUGCUCCGGCAACAAGUGUUCGCUUUGCCCUAGAAGUUAUGGGAUUGUGCACCCUAGCGAAGAGGAGCUUCUGUGCGGAAAGGAAGAAGAUGUCAAGGACUUCAUACGGUUGAUGAAUUUGGCGCCGCUGCCCUUCACAUGCCCUGUCACAGUGCCUGAAAUUGAAGUUGUGAUCGCAAAGUAGAAAAAAUUGUAAGCGAGCACCUGACAGCCAGGCCCUAGAUUAGGCUUUGUAAUUAAUCUCGGGCUGCAGCUGUCCGGCAUGUAAUAACCUGACCUGUUUAUCUUUUCAUAUA